AUGCCGCCGCGCCACCGGGGAUUUCGGGCUACCGCGGCGUCCGCCAACGCCUUCUACGCCGAGAUUCGGUCCGGCGACAUCCGCCUCGGCCUCGGCACGUUCGAGACCGUGCACGAGGCAGCCCGCGCGUACGACGCGGCGGCGUGGCGCCUCCAGAGGCCUCGCGCGCAGAUGAACUUCCACGACGUCUGGACGCGCGAGCAGGCGCAUGUCGUCGCCCCUCCGCCUCGUCUUAUAACAGACCAGGACUGUGAGGAACACCGUCGGCGGCAGUGCCGUCUCCUCAUCGCCGAGGAGGACGAGUGA